UCUCAUUCCCCAAUAAAAUGACCUCCCUGUUCUCUUUCUGCUCCUCCCUACUCUCUGUCUGCUCACAUUAUCCUUCUGCUCUCUCUCUCUCUCUCUCCCCCCCCAACGCUCCAAGAGAUAAAGACACUCUCCUUCCUCCACCCUCUUCUCUCUAAUAUAUAUCCCUACAUUCACGCACACAGCUAAGAGCUCAUUCUUUCAUUUCAGUCAAGAAAAGAACUUUCUUUCUCUGUUUUUUCCCGAAGGAAAACACACCAAUAACAAAAAAGGAAAAAAGAAAAGAAUGGCGUGCUCUUAUCUUUGUCCUUGUUCUCUCUUAAUCUGCUCCCUACUUGCUUUUCUUGUUUCCGGGUCUCAAAUUCAAAGAACUUUAUUGCCUGUUAUAUCCUUUGAUGAGGGAUACACCCAACUUUUUGGUGAUGAUAAUCUGGCCAUUCACAGAGAUGGAAAGACAGUCCAUUUAUCAUUGGAUGAGAGGACAGGGUCUGGAUUUGUUUCUCAAGACUUGUACUUACAUGGAUACUUCAGUGCUUCUAUCAAGUUGCCUGCAGAUUACACUGCUGGAGUUGUGGUUGCUUUUUAUAUGUCAAAUGGUGACAUAUUCGAGAAGAACCAUGAUGAAAUUGACUUUGAGUUCUUGGGUAACAUAAGAGGGAAAGAUUGGAGGAUACAGACAAACAUUUAUGGCAAUGGCAGCACCAGCGUAGGCAGAGAAGAGAGAUACAGCCUCUGGUUUGAUCCCUCUGAUGAUUUUCAUCAGUACAGCAUUCUCUGGACUGAUUCUCAGAUCACAUUUUAUGUGGACAACGUUCCUAUUAGAGAGUUUAAAAGAACAGAAUCUAUGGGGGGAGAUUUCCCUUCCAAGCCAAUGUCUUUGUAUGCAACAAUAUGGGACGGGUCUGGUUGGGCUACCAAUGGAGGCAAAUACAGAGUUAAUUACAAAUAUGCCCCCUAUGUCACAGAAUUUUCCGACCUUGUUCUGCACGGUUGUGCUGUCGAUCCAAUUGAGCAGUUCCCAAAAUGUGAUAAUUCAGAGAGUUCUGAAGUGAUUCCCACCGGUGUCACAACUGUGCAAAGAAUUAAGAUGGAGAGUUUUAGGGCCAAGUUUAUGACAUAUUCCUAUUGCUAUGAUCGGGUUCGGUACAAGGUUCCUCCAUCAGAGUGUGUUUUUAAUCCCAAAGUAGCAGACCGUCUCAAAUCUUUCGACCCUGUUACCUUCGGCGGAGGGCGCCGCCACCAUGGGAAAAGACACCACCGGAGUCGGGCAAGUCAUGUUGAGGCCAUCUCCAUUUGAGGAAAUGCUAUGGUUUGCAUCGUCAUGUUAUUGCCAUCUUAAUCUUAUUACAUUUAUGCUAUGAUUUAGUUGGGGUCAUUUCUUUUUUUGUGAAUAGAGAAAAAGAGCAUGGAUUCUUAUCGAGGGUGGUGACAGAGAGAGUUGUGGUUAUUUAUGGUUCAUGGUGGGUGGGUAUGUGUAUAGUUCAUACCUUUAGUUUUCCAGCAGUUCAUUUCAUCAUUGAUGUUUGCUCUGGGCUUUAUUACAAAAAUGAAUUUGGUGAUGAUUUUUCUGUACUCUUUUGACACCCUCGCGGGUUAAAUAAAAUAUACUAGGCAUUUGGAGUUCCUCUGUA